GUAGACUAGCGGAGUAGUGAUCCGCUACUCAGGCGAGAAGAGCGAAGAAGAGCGAAGAAGACACACGUUUCUCUCCCCCAUAAAAGCACUCAUGCUACGCGGACACACAUGGACGCCAACGCGCCACACUAGUGCGCGGCUCUUUUGUGAGGAAGACGCCAGAGGGGCCGGUAUACGAAGAGUUAAGAUUCGACAUCCCAACUGUUUAUCUCGGCGGCUAGCAGGCUAGCUGGCUACCUGCACGGGGAGCCGCUACUGGGAACAGAGGAGAAGCUCGCGUGUUGUGUUCGAUGGGAACCGACUUUGUAGAAGCUGCCUUUUUUUUGUCGCUAUUUCAUUUUAUUUUUUGUUGCCUUUUUGUAACCCCAAUUACUCCACGCAUCAACUUUGAAGAAUGACAGAGUGAGAGCCGAGCGUCUGCAGUUAUUCUUUCUCCACUUAAACCAGAAAGAGGGAAAAGUCACACAGGCUUGCUGGCUGAAGGUCACCCAUAAACAGGAAGCCUGGUUGAACAUGACUCACCAGCCUCUGCCAGCGACUGCCAACCUUGCCCCAGCUAUUUGCUCUAGAUGCCAACCUGAUGCACCAUGACGGAGAGGCAUUGAAGUCAACUCUCUGACAACCAUCUGGAUACCUCUCGAUCCGACAGAUACCUCAAGACCACCCUUUCCCUGCCUCGUCCUUUCCCCACCAUGCUGCGCUUCCUUCCUCUCAAACUUGGCCGCCUGUAUCGCUGUCUGAAGCUCCUCUUUCUGGUGGGACUGUUUGUCAUCUUGCUGAUGAACACCCACAACCUGUUUGCCUCGUUUCAAAAGAACGAGCUCACGGACCGACGCUUCAUCAACCUUAACAAGUGUCCCGCCUGCUUCGGCACGAGUUGGUGCCGCAAGUUCAUGAACGGCCAGGUUUCGUUUGAGACUUGGGGGCGCCUGCGCUUUCUCGACAUCUUCAACGUCAAGAAUGUUUAUUUCGCCCAGUACGGAGAGCCCAGGGAGGGCACGCGUCGCAUCGUAUUGAAGCGGCUCGGCUCCAACCAGGAACUGGCCGAGAUAGACCAGAAGAUCUGCAAGAGGGCCACGGGCAGGCCGCGCUGCGAUCUUAUCCAAGCGAUGUACAAAACUGAAUUUGCCAGGAUCAAUGGCGACGUUCGUCUACUUACUCCAGAGGUGGUGCAGGGCUGGUCAGAUCUGGUCCACUGCCCCUCUCAGCGGCUGCUGGACCGUGUGGUUCGACGCUAUGCUGAGACCAAAGACUCUGGGAGCUUCCUACUCAAGAACCUUAAGGACACUGAGAGAAUGCAGCUGCUCAUGACCUUAGCAUUCAACCCAGAGCCACUUGUCCUGCAGAGCUUUCCAUCGGACGAAGGGUGGCCAUUUGCCAAGUACCUGGGGGCGUGUGGGCGCGUGGUGGCUGUCAACUACGUGGGCGAGGAGCUGUGGAGUUACUACACCGCGCCCUGGGAGAAGCGCGUGGACCUGGCACGGCAGCUGAUGGAUAUAGCCGAGCAACUGACCAACAACGACUUUGAGUUCGCCCUCUACCUGCUCGAUGUCAGCUUUGACAACUUUGCGGUCGGCCCCCGCGACGGCAAGGUCAUCGUUGUUGACGCCGAGAACGUUCUUGUGGCCGACAAGCGACUGAUCAAGCAGAACAAGCCGGACAGCUACGACGUGUGGUACGAGAGCCGCUUUGAGGAGUGCGACCGUGAGGCCUGCCUGUCUUUCUCCAAGGACUCCUUGUGCUCCCGGGUCACCGUGGACCACAACUACUACGCCGUGUGCCAGAACCUGCUGUCCCGCUACGCCACAUGGCGGGGCACCACCGGGGGCCUCCUCCACGAUCCGCCAGCCAACAUAGCCAAAGACGGCCAGCUGGAGGCCCUGCUGGACGAGUGCACCAAGCCCAAGAAGCGCUACGGCCGCUUUCAGGCGGCGAAGGAACUGCGAGAGUACCUCACGCGGCUGUCGGGCGCCUCCUCGCCAGCCAGGUAAUUAACGGAGUUGGCGUCAGCCCGACACGCCGAGAGACUGGAUCCUGGACCCGUAAAAAGCUCCAAACUCUUGAGAUCCUUGAUGUCAUUAGCACUCCUUUGCACAGGAGCAGGAAGGCGUCCUGAAUUCCUGCGUUAGGAAGACCCUUCAGUUUUAUUGACUGACUGACUGACAUUGCUGCUGCCUGAAAAUAGGAGUCGGCCACUAACGAGAUUCUGCUGGGAACCAGAAUACAGAGGGCAGGAUAGGAAUCGGAAGCAACCUUCUUGGAUGGUUGCGCCAUCUUUAAAGGAAGGGGGCGGGCUCUGAGCGACACUUUGCUCGCAGGCUAAUGCUACGUGUGCGACCAAGCGGCGCUGACCCCAACCCCCACCACAAUCACAUGAACACACGCAUCCCCCGUCUUGCCGCCUCAUUUCAUCAUCGCGUUACAUGACAUUGAAUCGAACACCAAGGAAAGUUUGCCCCUGGGAUCUAUUCUUUUUUUUAUCCCACCAUUCAUUAACUGCUAGAUUUAAGUCGAUCGGUGCCUUUACAUUUUUGCUGCACCGUAGCUCCCCCCCCUCUUCCUCCGUAGCAUGCUGCUGGGAAUGCAGAGGUAGCAUGAAUCUCCGUUGUCAGGUGGAACUGAGAAGGCAGCCCCUGUGAUAGCUUGGAUGAGUCUUAAUGGUUUACUGCUCCAAUCAGUCGCAUCGUUCACAGGGUCUGUCAAUGUUGUGGCAAUCAUCUUUUUCUGCCCACUACUACCCUUCAUUAAUAGGAAUCCGUGAGAAUAACAGAUGCCCUCAUAGGAAAAAGGCGUUAACUAGACAGUCCUGUGAUGAUAACGCCGAUGUACCAAAGAGGCUGAAGGUGAAAUUAAGGGCAGUGCAAAGUGAUGCCCCCUUUCCUUAAACUUGUUCCUCUACUGCAACUGUACCAUCCAAAACUCAUAUACUCUUAUCUAUGGCUCAUCAUUAAAAAAAAAUCAAAUAAAUUGAAACUACUUUACCAUUUCCGCAAAUAGUGGUUAGGCCUGUAAUAGACAGGUGUGUCAUUUACUUGGAACAAAUAGACAAAAUGGAACCAUUAUUACCUCAGGUCGUAGAGGCUAUCCCUUUCACAAAAAAUGUUAGAAAUCGUUUAAACCCAGCUGCUAACCAAAACAGCAGCACUUCCUGAGGUACUCCCCAAGUAUGGUGUCCUGUUAGUCAUGGAAAAAAAUAUUAGUGCAACAAAAAUGACUCAUAAGAGUUAGAAUUAAGAGCUGAUAUGUGGCCAUUUUCAAUGGUUUUCUUGAUAACCAAAAUCACUGGGAAUAAAAUUAAGCUUUAGCAUGUCAAACAGGACUACGUAUUAUGGAGUCAGCUGUAUUUUUGUUGUGUUCAUUGUAUUCUUCAGGUAGUAUACCUUCAGUGGUACCAGAUAUUAAAAUAAACAAGAAGGGUGGUAUUGAAGAAGGGUGGUCUAAUAAUUUUCUCCAUGACUGUACAAAACAAGUUCCCUGCGCUGUCGUACUACACGAGGAGACGGCGUCUUUGCUGGCAAUUUGUGAUCUCUCAUUUGCUGCCACUAAAGCUUUAUAGUCCCUGUAAAAUGAAAAUCUCUUUUAAAUUUGACACAUCACAGAGAAGUUUUGUUAACAACCCUUCCAAAAUUGACUGAUCGCGAAGUACAUAAAAUGAGUCUUCAAAAUUGUGAAAAACCAAGCUAUUGUCGCCAUUCAAAUGUUGUGGGCUUGUCCGCUGAAUGCGAGAAACCACACCCUGCUGAAUAAGGAUGCUACUCCAGCUGGCAUCUUUGUUUUCUUAUAAAAUUAAUCCGCAUAAAUAUACAUAAAUAAUAAUGUAAAUAUCUGCUAUAUCUCCACAAUUAAGUACUGCACAGUUCUCAGUCUGAGAAGAGCUUCAUAUAAUGUGUUCAGAAACAAAUCUCUGAAUGCACUUUACAGGGUGUUUAACCUCGGAGUACAUUUGAACUCUGUUGCUAAUCAAAACAGCAGGACUUAGAGGCACGUAAACUGUCUCAAGUGUGGAGUCGUAAAACUGGUCCCCUGCGUCGUAUUGCCGUAUGUGAAGACGAUGUCUUUCCUGGCAACCGGUGUUCCGAUACACUGACGUGAUCGCUCCACAAUGUUGUGUGUCUUAUUGGUUCCACCCAGUCUGCCCCAAUUCUUACCAUUUUUUUCUGUCAUAGUACUUACCCUAUUUUGUUUCUCGACUUUCACGACAAUGGACGCCUCCCACCCCCACCCGAGCAAAUAAACGCCACUAUUUGCAUAAGCACGGUAAGUUUCUUGUUUUGCCAUUCUCACUUCACAUCGUUGGAUUUUCCACACCUCGCCCUUCACCGUAAGCGAAAAAGAAUACUUUGAACACGUUGCCGCCCAGUAUGUCUCGUUUCUAGUCCCCCUCGAUGUCGUUACUCACACGUGCCCAUUGGAGUGUCGCGUAGCGCGGGCAACACGUCGAUUUUUCUAGACGCUGUCACCUGUGACCGUUUUGGAAAAGCAAUACAAAUGUGGGGACAAAAAUUAGAAAAGUUUGGCUCCUGGCUUUUUGAACAUGCCUCUUUGUUGUCUGAUCUGUUGCCCUUCCCCCCUCCCCCACCCUGGAGGAGUUUGUAUGUGUGUGACUGUCUGCUUUUGUACUGUCCAUUUCCUUUUGAGUAUUAUAUCAGCGUUGUCUGAUUGUUCCUGUGCCUUUCAUUCAAAAGUUGUACUUACAACUUUUAGUGGGUUUAAUUAUUGAAAUAAAAGAUAUAUCUAUAUAUAGAAAUACAUGCUUGUGUUCACACUCUUCUUGAUUCUGUCUUGAGUGAUAUUUUACUAUUUCUACAUUCCAGUAGGAGCAUUUUGGCAGCACGUCACACUAAAAUUGGAUCCACCGAGUCAGA